AUUUAUGCAGAGCAGGCGCUGCUGCCAUUGCCGCUCACACUCCCAGCGCGCCGCUCGGAGCCGGAGGGAGCUCCGGGAGCUAGUGAGCGCGCGCUCCAGCCUUGGCGAGCAGAGGGGGUGCCCGGUCGGCUCGCACCGCCCCCAUCGGCCGCCUCCGCCGCGCUCCGGGGCCUGGGGAGGAGCGAGGGCGAAUCCUCGAGUGCCCCAGCCGAGCGGCGAGCUCCAACUGCGGGAGGGCGCCCGCCCCAUUCGGCGGCCCCUGCGCACGAGCCGAGGAGCGCACUCCGCCCGCCUCGCCGGCCGCGGAGCGCAGAGCACCGGUCCCGCAGCCCCGGGGAUGGUCUAGGGGCCAGCGCGAGGCUCGCUGCGGCUCUCAGCUCGCCGCCGCCCGCUGCUAGCCCGAGUCUGUGAGCCGCCGCGGCCGGGGGCUGCGCGCUUGGGCGGCCCAGGCCGGAGAAGUUAGUUGUGCGCGCGGCUGAGUGCGCGGAGCGAGCGGAGAGGGACGAGCCCGGGAGGCGGCGAGGCGCCGGGGCCAUGGGCUGGGGAAGCCGCGGCGGCGGCCCGGUCCGGCGGGACCUGCUGUGCGUGCUGGCGCUGCUUGGGGGCUGCCUGCUUCCCCUUUGCCGGACGCGCGUUUACACCAACCACUGGGCGGUCAAGAUCGCCGGCGGCUUCCCGGAGGCCAACCGCAUUGCCAGCAAGUACGGAUUCAUCAAUAUAGGACAGAUCGGGGCCCUGAAGGACUACUACCACUUCUACCAUAGCAGGACGAUUAAAAGGUCAGUUCUCUCGAGCAGAGGAACCCACAGUUUCAUUUCAAUGGAACCAAAGGUGGAGUGGAUCCAACAACAAGUGGUAAAAAAACGGACGAAGAGGGAUUAUGACCUCAGCCGUGCCCAGUCAACUUACUUCAAUGAUCCCAAGUGGCCAAGCAUGUGGUAUAUGCACUGCAGUGACAACACACACCCUUGCCAGUCAGACAUGAAUAUUGAAGGGGCCUGGAAGAGAGGCUACACGGGGAAGAACAUUGUGGUCACCAUCCUGGACGAUGGCAUUGAGAGGACACACCCGGAUCUGAUGCAGAACUACGAUGCUCUGGCAAGUUGUGAUGUGAAUGGGAACGACUUGGACCCCAUGCCUCGUUACGAUGCAAGCAAUGAGAACAAGCAUGGGACCCGCUGUGCUGGAGAAGUGGCAGCAGCUGCAAACAACUCUCACUGCACAGUUGGAAUUGCUUUCAACGCCAAGAUCGGAGGAGUGCGGAUGCUGGAUGGAGAUGUCACAGACAUGGUGGAAGCGAAGUCUGUUAGCUUCAAUCCCCAGCAUGUCCACAUUUACAGCGCAAGCUGGGGCCCGGAUGACGAUGGCAAGACCGUGGACGGACCAGCUCCACUUACUCGCCAGGCUUUUGAAAAUGGUGUUCGAAUGGGUCGGCGAGGCCUUGGCUCCGUUUUUGUUUGGGCAUCAGGAAACGGGGGACGGAGCAAAGACCACUGUUCCUGUGAUGGGUACACCAACAGCAUCUAUACCAUCUCCAUCAGUAGCACUGCUGAAAGUGGGAAGAAGCCUUGGUACCUGGAAGAGUGUUCGUCUACAUUGGCCACAACCUAUAGCAGUGGAGAGUCCUACGACAAGAAAAUAAUCACCACGGAUCUGAGGCAGCGCUGCACAGACAACCACACCGGGACGUCGGCCUCAGCCCCCAUGGCUGCGGGCAUCAUCGCCUUGGCCCUGGAAGCCAAUCCGUUUCUGACCUGGAGAGAUGUACAGCAUGUUAUUGUCAGGACUUCCCGUGCAGGACAUUUGAACGCUAAUGACUGGAAAACCAAUGCUGCUGGUUUUAAGGUGAGCCAUCUCUAUGGAUUCGGACUGAUGGAUGCAGAGGCCAUGGUGAUGGAGGCAGAGAAGUGGACCACUGUUCCCCAGCAGCACGUGUGUGUGGAGAGCACGGACCGACAAAUCAAGACGAUUCGCCCCAAUAGUGCAGUGCGCUCCAUCUACAAAGCUUCGGGGUGCUCAGACAACCCCAACCACCACGUCAACUACUUGGAGCAUGUAGUGGUGCGAAUAACCAUCACCCAUCCGCGGAGAGGAGACCUGGCCAUCUACCUGACUUCACCCUCUGGAACCAGGUCACAGCUCCUAGCCAACAGGCUAUUUGAUCACUCCAUGGAAGGAUUCAAAAACUGGGAGUUCAUGACCAUCCAUUGUUGGGGAGAAAGAGCUGCAGGUGACUGGGUCCUGGAGGUUUACGACACACCCUCCCAACUGAGGAACUUCAAGACUCCAGGCAAGUUGAAAGAAUGGUCUUUGGUCCUCUAUGGGACCUCCGUACAGCCCUACUCCCCAACAAAUGAGUUCCCCAAAGUGGAGCGUGUCCGCUACAGCCGAGUGGAGGACCCCACGGACGACUACGGGUCAGAGGAUUAUGCAGGUCCCUGUGACCCCGAGUGCAGUGAGGUUGGCUGUGAUGGGCCUGGACCGGACCACUGCAAUGACUGCUUACACUACUACUACAAGCUGAAGAACAACACCAGGAUCUGUGUCUCCAGCUGCCCACCUGGCCACUACCACGCGGACAAGAAAAGAUGCAGGAAGUGCGCCCCCAACUGUGAGACCUGCUUUGGGGGUCACGGCGACCAAUGCCUGUCCUGCAAAUACGGCUAUUUCCUAAGUGAGGAAACCAACAGCUGUGCUGCUCACUGCCCCGAGGGCUUCUACCAGGAUCCCAAAAAGAAUCUUUGCCGGAAAUGCAGUGAGAAUUGCAAGACUUGUACUGAGUACCAGAACUGUACAGAAUGUAGAGACGGGUUAAGCUUGCAGGGGUCCCAGUGCUCGGUCUCCUGUGAAGAUGGAUGGUACUUUGACGGCCAGGACUGCCAGCCCUGCCACCGUUUCUGCGCCACCUGUGCUGGGGCAGGAGCUGAUGGGUGCAUUAACUGCACUGAGGGCUACUUCAUGGAGGAUGGAAGAUGUGUGCAGAGUUGCAGCAUCAGCUACUACUUUGACCACUCUUCAGAGAAUGGAUAUAAAUCCUGUAAAAAAUGUGACGCCAGCUGCUUGACCUGCAGUGGUCCAGGUUUCAAGAACUGUACCAGCUGCCCCAGUGGGUAUCUCUUAGACUUAGGAGUGUGUCAGCUGGGAGCCAUCUGCAAGGACGCAACGGAAGAGUCCUGGGCCGAAGGAGGCUUCUGUAUGCUAGUGAAAAAGAACAAUCUGUGCCAGCGGAAGGUUCUCCAACAACUUUGCUGCAAAACAUGUACAUUCCAAGGCUGAGCAGCCAUCCCAGAAUUCCCUGUUCCUGUAGACUUAUAGAUUACUCCAUAUUAUUAUUAAAAAGGAAAAAAAAAAACCAA